UCUUGGCAGCUCCCAGUUCCCAGGGUCUUCUUCCUCUUUCCGCCUCACCUCUCGACUUAGCCAGUCUCGAGAAUCAUGAAGGUUGCCAGUGGCAGUGCCGCGGCCGCCGCGGGUCCCAGUUGCACCCUGAAGGCCGGCAAGACGGCGGGCGGCGCGGGCGAGGUGAUGCGCUGCCUGUCGGAGCAGAGCGUGGCCAUCUCGCGCGGCGCCGGGGCGCGCCUGCCAGUCCUGCUGGACGAGCAGCAGGUGAACGUGCUGCUCUACGACAUGAACGGCUGUUAUUCGCGCCUCAAGGAGCUGGUGCCCACCCUGCCCCAGAACCGCAAAGUGAGCAAAGUGGAGAUCCUUCAGCACGUCAUCGACUACAUCAGGGAUCUGCAGUUGGAGCUGAACUCGGAAUCCGAAGUCGGGACCCCCGGGGGCCGAGGGCUGCCGGUCAGAGCUCCGCUCAGCACCCUGAACGGCGAAAUCAGCGCCUUAGCGGCCGAGGCAGCAUGUGUUCCAGCGGACGAUCGCAUCUUGUGUCGCUGAAGCGCCGCCCGCAGGGAUCGGUGGACCCCAGCCCUCCAGGA